UUCAUUUCAACUGCUAAUUAUCUUUCUGCAAGUCGUUGCUCAAAAUGUCCAUCUCCGAAAAGCUUCUCGUAAUCGAACCUCAAGAGCUCACCUUCCGCUUUGAGUUAAUGAAAAAUGCAUCUUGCACGAUUCGAUUGCGCAGUAACUCCUCCAGGCAUGUUGCUUUUAAGGUUAUGACUACCAGUCCAGAAAAGUACUUUGUUAAACCAAAUAAUGGAAUUCUUUCGCCUGGAUCAACUUGUCACGUUGAAGUUACUAUGCGCGCUCCAGAGGAGGUCCCUCCGAACAUGGAGUGCAAGGAUAAGUUUCUGAUCAAGAGUGUUCUUGCAAGUCCUGAUGACACGGUUGCUAAAACACGAAAACUGUUCAACGACAGAGCACACGCCGUUGGAGAUUACAAACUGAGGGUUGUUUAUGUUCUUCCACAACAGCAGCAGUCACCAAAUUUGGAUAGAUCAGGAGGAGGCUCUUCAAUCUUGAAAGGAAGAAGUUCGAAUAGUACUCAGCUCGGGGGCAAGAACGAGUGGCUUGGUGACAAUCUGUACAUGAAGGCCGUCGCUGUUCUGUUUCUGAGUUUGAUCUUUUUGUACCUCGUCAUGAGGAUUCUCCCAGUGAUAUGGAGUUGGAUGUUUGUGGCGACGUUUUUUGUAAUAAAGAUGGCAAAGAGGCUGGUUUCGGAUUCAGUUGAGGAUUGGGUAGUCAAGACUCUCGUCUACAUCUGUCUUCAUUUCUUUACUGUUGUUUUCCAGCAGCGUAAGAGAAGCAGAUCCGGCCGUGAAACUGGAGUUCCCGUUGUCAGAUGAUUCGAACUCCGUGCAUGUAUAGAUGUUGUUGACAUGUUAUAUAUGUGAAGUGCAAAUGGAAAGGUGAAAAUAUGUGUGUGUUUCCUUCUUAUCCAAGUGCUUGUAUCUGCUUUUGUUCAUCAAAGGAAAGGGUAUAUACAUGUAUCACUCUAAAUUCCAAAUAAUUUCCAGUAUAUAAAAACUGUGCUUAAGUUU